GAUCGAGCAGCAGCCAGCAGUAUCGCUUCACGAAGGUCGGUUUAAAUUGGGCAGAGCCGUUCAUUCUCAUAUAGCGAACCAACUUCUGUUGUUCUUGUUUCAGUUUCUACGAGAGCUGCCUUUCUCUUCCUGGGAUUGCUACUGAAGAAGAGUUCAACGAUAAAAAGAGGUAUUUGCAGGUUCGAGUGCUCUACGUUCCUUGCCUUGUUUUAGCAAUUCAACAUGGAGAAACAUGGCGAUGCUACACCAAUUGAUUUGGACGCCGGUAUGGUAAUGUUGGAACCUGACAAGACUGAUGGCGGGGGAUUAUAUGUUCCUGGCAAGGAAAGGAUUCAGUUCAGGGCACCAGAGAGAAAAUCCCAUUUAGGGUUAGAUGUACUUGCCAAUGAAAAACGGGGUGGAUUUAAGGUUCCAAAAGAGAGAGUUACUUCAGUAGUCUCAUCCAUUAAUGAGGAAGAGAAGUUUGAGUCUUCCAGCAUAGAGGAAGACGGGAGUAAUGUGGUCGCUACUACUCGUAGUCACGUGCAUAGGAGAUACCGUGAAGUUGAUUCAAGUGAAAGAACUCUUGAAGAAAGUAUGGUUAGUGGCGAAGCACAGGAUUGGGAUGCAUUUGAGAGUCGUCGCUCUAGUGAGCGAAUGUCUUCAGAUGUUCCAACUCCUUCAUCUAGGAGUUCCAGGAGCACUUCGUCUAGGAGUCCUAGUUAUGAGAGAGAUGAUCGAGGUGGUGAGAGAAUAUACUAUAAGGAUGAUACUAGAAGUGAAAGAAGAUCAGGGAGGUGGCGUGACAAUGACCGAACUGAUGAUUAUAAUGGAAGGGCAAAAUAUAGCCGAUAUGGCCAAGAGUAUGGUGGAGAUUAUCGAAGCAAACAAGCUAGAUAUGAAGGUGCAAGAAGAACACCUGGCAGAUCUGAUUGGGAUGAUGGAAGAUAUGAGUGGGAAGAUACACCACAGCGGGAUGGUCUUUCCAGUACUAGUAGGCGCCAUCAACCAUCACCGUCGCCGAUGUUUCUUGGGGCUUCUCCUGAUGCACGAUUAGUUUCUCCAUGGUUGGACAACAAUACUCCUCGAUCUACUGUUACUGCUUCUCCCUGGGAUCGUGUUUCUCCUUCUCCAGUCCCAAUACGUGCUUCUGGGUCCUCUGUUAGGUCUGCAAGUUCUAGACAUGGUGGAAGGUCCCAUCAACUUACGUUCCCGACUAGAAAUUCCAAAUCAUAUCUGGUAGAUGGAGAAGCGGAUAAGACCGAUUCAUCUGAAGAACACCAUGAUGAAAUAUCUGAAAGCAUGCGUCUGGAGAUGGAAUACAAUUCUGACCGAGCAUGGUAUGACAGAGAAGAAGGGAACACAUUGACCGAUGGAGAUAGUUCGUCAUAUUUUCUUGGGGAUGAGGGUUCAUUCCAAAAAAAGGAGGCAGAGUUGGCCAAAAGACUGGUUCGGAGAGAUGGAACUAGGAUGACACUUGCUCAAAGCAAGAAGUUGUCGCAACGUACAGCCGAUAAUGCUCAAUGGGAAGAUCGGCAACUUCUGAGGUCUGGAGCUGUGAGAGGUACUGAGGUGCAGACAGAGUUUGAUGAUGAGGAAGAGCGUAAGGUUAUUCUUCUUGUACAUGAUACAAAACCCCCUUUCCUGGAUGGGAAAGUUGUUUUCACUAAACAAAAAGACCCGAUAAUGCCCAUAAAAGAUCCCACAUCAGAUAUGGCUAUAAUUUCACGUAAGGGAUCUUCCUUGGUUAGGGAAAUUCGUGAAAAGCAAAGCAUGAAUAAGUCACGACAACGUUUUUGGGAACUUGCGGGUUCAAAACUUGGUGAUAUCCUUGGUGUUGAGAAGACAGCGGAACAGAUUGAUGCUGAUACUGCCAAAGUCGGCGAAGAUGGUGAGGUUGAUUUUAAGGAAGAUGCAAAAUUUGCGCAGCAUCUGAAGCAGGGGGAGGCUGUGAGUGACUUUGCAAAGUCAAAGUCUAUGGCAGAGCAACGACAAUAUCUGCCUAUAUUUUCUGUGCGGGAUGAAUUGUUGCAGGUUGUUCGUGAAAACCAGGUGGUAGUUGUUGUUGGAGAAACUGGGUCUGGAAAGACAACUCAAUUGACACAGUACCUUCAUGAAGACGGUUACACUAUCAAUGGCAUAGUCGGAUGCACCCAACCAAGACGAGUGGCUGCCAUGAGUGUUGCAAAGAGAGUGAGUGAAGAGAUGGAAACUGAGCUCGGGGAUAAAAUUGGUUAUGCCAUUCGGUUUGAGGAUGUGACUGGGCCAAACACCAUAAUUAAGUACAUGACUGAUGGGGUUCUUCUGCGUGAAACAUUGAAAGAUCCUGAUCUUGACAAAUACCGUGUCGUCGUCAUGGAUGAAGCACAUGAGAGAUCACUAAACACAGAUGUGCUGUUUGGGAUACUUAAAAAAGUGGUGGUGCAGCGUCGUGACUUUAAGCUCAUUGUGACAUCCGCAACCCUUAAUGCUCAGAAAUUUUCAGAUUUCUUUGGAAGUGUGCCAAUUUUUCCGAUCCCUGGGAGAACGUUUCCUGUAAAUACUCUGUAUAGUAAAACUCCCUGCGAAGAUUAUGUUGAAGCUGCUGUGAAGCAAGCUAUGACCAUUCACAUAACUAGCCCUCCAGGUGAUAUUCUGAUAUUCAUGACUGGCCAAGAUGAGAUUGAGGCAGCUUGUUAUGCCCUUGCGGAACGUAUCGAACAACUUACUUCCUCGAGCACGAGAGAGGUCCCUAAACUAUUGAUACUUCCCAUAUACUCUCAGUUGCCAGCUGAUUUGCAAGCAAAGAUAUUCCAGAAAGCGGAAGACGGGGCUCGGAAAUGCAUUGUUGCUACGAAUAUCGCCGAGACAUCGUUGACUGUUGACGGAAUUUUUUUUGUCAUUGACACGGGAUAUGGUAAAAUGAAAGUCUACAACCCUAGGAUGGGUAUGGAUGCCCUUCAAGUUUUUCCUAUCAGCCAAGCUGCUGCUCAACAGCGUUCUGGACGUGCUGGUAGAACUGGCCCUGGCACAUGUUAUCGACUUUACACAGAGAGUGCUUUUAUGAAUGAAAUGCUGCCUAGUCCAGUGCCAGAAAUUCAGAGGACGAAUCUUGGGAAUGUGGUUUUGUUGCUCAAGUCUCUUAAAAUCGAGAACCUGUUGGAUUUUGAUUUCAUGGAUCCGCCUCCACAAGAUAACAUUCUCAAUUCUAUGUACCAGUUGUGGGUACUGGGUGCACUUGACAAUGUUGGAGCCUUAACUGAGCUCGGGUGGAAGAUGGUGGAGUUUCCGCUGGACCCUCCCCUUGCCAAGAUGCUUUUGAUGGGAGAAAAGCUAAGAUGUUUAGAUGAGGUUCUGACAAUAGUGUCAAUGCUCUCAGUGCCUUCAGUGUUCUUUCGGCCUAAAGACAGGGAAGAGGAGAGCGAUGCUGCUAGGGAGAAGUUUUUUGUCCCAGAGUCCGAUCACUUAACACUACUUAAUGUUUAUCAGCAAUGGAAAGACCACCAGUAUCGCGGAGACUGGUGUAAUGAUCAUUAUUUGCAUGUAAAAGGAUUACGGAAGGCUAGAGAGGUGAGAUCACAGUUAUUGGAUAUUCUGAAGACCCUAAAGAUCGAUGUAACAACUAGUGGGCAUGAUUGGGAUACUGUAAGGCAAGCCAUUUGCUCCGCGUACUUCCACAAUGCUGCUAGACUGAAGGGUGUUGGUGAGUAUGUGAAUUGUCGGAAUGCAAUGCCAUGCCAUUUACAUCCUAGUAGCGCGCUCUAUGGUAUGGGAGUUACUCCAGAAUAUGUUGUUUAUCAUGAACUAGUUUUGACGUCGAAAGAGUACAUGCAGUGUUGUACGACUGUGGAGCCCCAAUGGCUUGCAGAACUAGGACCAAUGUUCUUCUCUGUGAAAGACUCAGAGACAUCAUUGUUAGAGCAUAAGAAAAAACAGAAAGAAGAGAAGACGGCCAUGGAGAAAGAGAUGGAAAUUUUGAGGGAGGUGGAAGCAGAGACGGAGAAAAGAAGGAAGGAGAGAGACAGGAAGAAGAGAGCUGAGAAUCAGCAGCAGAUCUCAAUGCCAGGGUUACGGAAGGGAUCGACCUACUUACGAGAGAAACCAAAGAAGUUGGGUCUGUAAAUAAAGUUGUUGUAAUGUUACUGUCUUUCUCAUUGUGAUAUACGGGACGUCAUUGUUCUUUAUUUGCUGGUAUUGCUCUCUUUAUUUCAGUUCUGGAAUUGCAUUGUAUUUUAUCAAAAAUAUUAAAGCUCUGGUUUUUAAUUUAAGCCAAAAAAACAACCCUAGUUGACGUUUUUAUCAA